AUCUGUGGAAUAAUGCAGAGAGAAUGGUUAACUGCGGACCCACAGUUAGUUUCAGUUCGGAGAAUAAUUCGCAUCCGUUUACUUCUACAUAGAAACAUAUAUAUAUGUGUGAAGACAAGAUCAGAGAUUAAGCAGAUUAGUUGGAUCUACAGUGAUUCGAGUUGGGACUAAAAACAAAACAAAAAUAAAUCUUCAAAAUGAAAAUUCUAGUAUUGAUCCUGGUUCUGGUUCUCCAGAGUAAAACUAGAGCACAGGUUGAUGAGGCAGACUUUGACUAUUCACAGGCAGACUUUGAGCAGGGUUCAGGACAGGAGCUGACAGGAGGUUCAGAAAAUGACCUUAUAGGAUCAGGAGAUAAUCUGAUAACAGGGUCAGGAGAAGAGGAGGAUUUAAGAUAUUUAGUCUCCGAUAUGGAAAGAGAAAUGCUUGAAAAUGAAUCCAGAGAGAAUGAAGAUGAUGAAAGUUUUGAAGAAGAAGAUUCUGAUGAAGAUGAUGAUUCAGAUGAAGAAGAAGAAGAAGAAGAAGAAAAGAAGGAAUGCGACAAUAAGUUAUUUGGCUGCUGUCCUAACUCAGAGCUUCCAGCUCACGGUCCUAAAGGAGAAGGAUGUUGUCUACUAUCAGAGUUUGGAUGUUGUCCUGACAAUCUUCGUCCUGCAGAGGGACCAGAGAUGAAGGGAUGUGAUUGUGAAAGCUCUGAGUUUGGAUGUUGUCCAGAUAACAAGACAACCCAGAGAGGACCUGGAGGAGAGGGGUGUGGAUGUGUACACUCGGAACACGGUUGUUGUCAGGAUCAGCAUACCGAGGCCCUUGGACCUAACCAUGAGGGAUGCCCUUGUUUUACAUUUGACUAUGGAUGCUGUGAGGAUGGUUUAACUAUAGCUAAAGGACCAAACAAGGACGAGUGCUCUGGUUGCCAGAGUUCACAGUUUGGAUGUUGUGAGGAUGGGUUUACUUCAGCUCAGGGAGAAAACAUGGAAGGAUGCGGAUGUGCCGGAAGUGAGUACGGUUGCUGUCCGGAUGGUUUAACGAAAGCUACUGGAUUAGAGUUUGAAGGAUGUCAAACUAAACCUGGAGAGGCUUGCAACAUUAAACAGGAGAAAGGCAAAUGCGAGGACUUCAGUGUCCGCUGGUAUUUUGAUCUGAAGGAGGGUCGGUGCUCGAGGUUCUGGUAUGGAGGCUGUGAGGGUAAUAUUAACAGGUUCAAUGAGGCCGAGGAGUGCGAGGAAACAUGUGUAAAUCCCCCAGGAUCCGGCAGAUGCUAUCUACCCAAAAUAAAAGGAAUUUGUGAUGGGGAUUACGAAAGGUUCUACUAUGAUCACACUUACAAACAGUGCGUCAGUUUUAACUACGGAGGCUGUCUAGGGAAUGCAAAUAGAUUCAGCACUAAACUAGAGUGUGAGCAAGCAUGUGUUAAAUCUGAGAACCUAGCUAUCUGUGAGCAGCCCCAAGAGCCUGGUCCGUGUCUAGGAAACUUUUCUCGCUGGUUCUAUGAUGAGAAAACCGGAGAAUGUGAAACCUUCUCCUACGGAGGUUGUCAUGGAAACCAGAAUAGGUUUAUGACCAAGGAGGAGUGUGAUAACUCUUGUAUGCAUAAGAAGGUAGUUUUGCAGACUGCAACUAUAUGCAAACAGGAGAUUGAGACUGGAAGCUGUACUGAGUCUCAUCCGAGAUGGGGAUUUAAUGAACAACUUAGAACUUGUGUCCCGUUCUACUACAGUGGUUGUGACGGGAACUCUAACAGUUUUGAAACUCAAGAGGAGUGUGAGAGUAGGUGUCCCAGUGCUUUCCCUCCAGAGCUGGAGGUUGUCAGUAAGAUCCUAAAUGUUGAAGAGGGUUCAGAGGCUGUCCUCGAGAUCACAGUGGAGGGAAAUCCAUUCCCUGAAAUCAGCUGGGAGAAGGAUUCAGAACUUAUUGAGAUCUCAGAGAAAUAUAAACUAAGAGAGGAUAGGUCCCUGAUCCUGGUCCAUGUUACAAUGGCUGAUGCUGGAUCCUGGACUGUGAUUGCAGAUAAUGGAUUAGGGAAGGUUGCAAGACGACAAAUAUCUCUCUCUGUGUAUCCAAGUCAGAUACCUAUCCAGGUUGAGAUCCCCCUGGAGAAUACAACCUUCCCAACCGGGACGAAUAUCCGGCUAGAGUGCAGAGUACAAGGAUUUCCAAUCCCAACCCUAACCUGGCUAAAGAACAAUGCUAAAUUACCCAAAUCUAAAAGAAUUUAUGUCGAAGAUGAAAGAUUUCUCGUCAUAAAUCGAGCUUCCCCAAUAGAUGGUGGGCUUUAUAUCUGCAGAGCUAGGAAUGAAAAGAUGCAGAACCAAGCAGUUGUUGAUAUAACCGUACUCCAGGGUAAGGUUCCAAUACAGUGCCAGGACCAACCAAAACUUGCAAACUGCGCGCUCAUAGUGCGAGCCAAGUACUGUGCGAGGAAUGAAAACUUUGCUAGGAUAUGCUGCCAGUCCUGUGUUAACUCCGGUCAGAUCGCUGGACCUCCGGCUUAAACCUUAUUAUCGCUGGACCACCCGCUUCAACGCUUCAACCUUACUCCGUUCAAAUCGUGGAGCUUCCGUUUAAACCUUGCUUUAUGUAUGUGACAAUGUGACUUUAACAUGUACCCUGUCAAGACUUAGUAAUAAAAACAAUACGUGUGUAAGUUAAAGCGGAAUAUAAAACUAUUCAUCUGAUCAAGCUCCAAGUUGACUUUUCCAGAAACUUUAGUUCAUACCUGUGUUUUUUUGUAAUCAUAUAAUUAAAAUGUUUAGUUUAACCUACUGCUUAAUAAAGAUAAACUUCCUA